GCCUGACCGUGCUUGUUUCUGCGUGCGUGCCGUCGUAAUCUGCUUCGAUCGAUCCUGCAUUUCUUUGUUGGUGCGUCUGUGUGUAUGUAGAGCGGUGGUCAACGUGGGCAGCAUCAACUGGUGUGGUGGGCCGAUCAUGCCGUCUUUCUGUGCAGCCUACGGUUGCACGAACACCAGCGGCCGCGACGAUGUUGUUUUCCAUUGCUUCCCACAAGACAAGAAGCUUUUCAGGAAGUGGGAGGCUGCUGUAAAGCGAAAGAAUUUCAAGCCCUCAAGAACAACACUGCUGUGCUCCAACCACUUCCGUGACGACGAUUAUCACGAGAAUUUGUCGUUAAAACGUGCGUUGGGUUUGCCAGUCAAGUCGGCUCGUCUAAAGCCCGGCGCAGUGCCGUCAGUGUUCGCGUACACAAGGAGCUCGUCACCGCUGUCAAGGCCAGCUUUCGCGAAAAGAAGGAAGCUUGAGGUUCUCAAUAAACUGUUAGGCAACACGGCUUGCACUGAAGACUGCGCACCAAGUGACUGCGCACGAGGUGACUGCACACCAGAUGACUGCACACCAGAUGACUGCACACCAGAUGACUGCACACCACAUGACAGUGAAGAUCAAGAAUUCAUGGCAGUUGACAUCACAGAUCAUGACUGCGCUACAAGAAACUUGCCACUUGCAGACUGUGCCCAAGAACCAGCACUGAUCUCCCAUAAAGGUGACAAGUGCUUUCAAGUCAUUAUUCAUCCUGAAAACUGCUCUAAGGCAUCACAAGUGAACAUGAAAAGAAAAUGCAAAUCAAAGGAAGCACAGACAAAGUCUUCUGGUGUUUCUAUAGGUGUUCAGGUUGGUGCCUCGAUGGUUAGUGUGGCCACCCAGGUACAGUUGGGCACUACGGUGUGUGAAGCAAGCUCCGAGGACAGUGAUAACGAGGAACUCUGUGACAAUGGCGACUCAUUCAGCCGUGAUGACGACUACUGCCCCUUGAGUGACUGGAAAGAGGGGAAUAUCGACUCCGAUGAAAGGAAUUGCAGUGAGGACUGCAGUGACACUCCUGAUAAUGAAAGAAUUAUUUUAGUCCAGGAGAAACAGCUUAGGAAGCUUUUCAAUUUCUGCCGCAAGUGCUUUGCACCUUGCACAUGUCAUGUCCAGUGCCAAGGAACUCUUUUUCAGAUGACUACAGUCUGCAAGUCGGGCCACACGAUUUCUUGGCAAAAUCAAAAUUGCAUUCAGCAGUUGGCUGUGCUCAACCUGCGGCUUUCUGCAGCCAUACUAUUUUCUGGGUGCAACCCAACUGCUACCCUCCGGAUGCUUUCGCUUGUUGGGGUACAAGUAUUCGGAGAGAGGACAUUUUUCAACAUUCAGCGUUCUCACCUCUGGCCUGCCAUUGGGAAGGUGUGGAAAAACGAACAGCAACUGUUGCUUGUGGAUAUAGGGGAGCAAAAAGUGAGACUUGCCGGUGAUGGGCGAGCCGAUUCGCCUGGAUUUAGCGCAAAGUUUGGAACAUACUCCUUUCUGGAUCUUCAGCGCAACAAAAUACUGCAUUUUGAACUUGUACAGUCCAAUGAAGUAGGCGGAAGCUGCUAUAUGGAGCUGGAAGGCCUGAAACGUAGCCUCAGCUUCCUCCAGGAUCACCACAUUGAUGUGACGUCUAUUGUUACCGACCGGCAUGCCCAGAUAAAGUGUUUUCUUCGGAAGGAGAGGUCCGACAUCACGCAUGAAUUCGAUGUCUGGCAUGUCGUUAAAGGUGUUCACAAAAAGUUGCUUGCUGUGGCUAAGAGAAAUGACUCCAAAGAGCUCAAGGAGUGGACGCAAGCUGUUGGGAACCACCUCUAUUGGUCGGCUGCCUCAAGUGAGGGCCACAAGGAGCUAAUUGUUCCGAAGUGGAAAUCACUGCUAAAUCAUGUCAGAGACAUUCACAGCCAUGAGGAUGCACUGUUUCCAUCCUGUCUUCAUGGAUACAUUGAACCGCGGAAUUGGCUUAGCACAGAGUCGAAGGCUUUCCAGAAGCUGAAGGAAGUAGCGACUUCCAAGGCCCUCCUGAGAGAUUUGCCACAACUAGCAACGAAGUUCCAGACCUAUGGUUUAGAAGCUUUCCAUAGCGUGCUGCUGCAUUUCGCGCCCAAGUUGUGCCAGUACUCCUUUGAAGGAAUGGUGGCAAGGACUCGGUUAGCAGCCAUGCACUACAAUGAGAACAGUGAGAGAAGGCAGGCAUGCACACAGGAUGGCACUUCUAGGUGGAUUGUGAAAUACCCGAAAGCCACAGGAGGCAAUGCGGUUGCCUGUCCUGUAAAGGAGCAACCCACACAUGGCUAUGUGAAGAGACUACUGGAAGUGGUUAUGCUGGACGCUGUCACAGUGUUACGGACAAGAAGGACCACAAAUGCGAAGAUUCCGCCACCUCUCAGCAGCCGCUUUCCUAAAGCAUCAAAGGAAGAGCUUGUAAACAGGCGGAGAACAAGAUUCAACAAAUAGUUAGAUAUUAUGGUCUUGUAGCAAAAUGUAAUGAGAAUGCCAACAAUGUGAAAAGCUGGUUUGCUCCUAACACAAGCCAUUGUAGACUCAUGACACAGUGCAUGACAAACUACCUUUGUGACAGCUUCACGACAUCCAUGUAAAUAACUUUAUAAAUAUGUGUUUGUGUAUGCUAGGGUUGGCUGUUUUUCUAUUUUACAUGUGUGGCAACCAGAUAAAAUGACACUGAAUAAAAUAUAUAUGUGCUUCC